GAUGGAUAUACAGUCAAACACUCGAUCAAAUACCUGAAAAUUUAGAUUCAAGCAGAACGUCUUCAAAUAACUCAAGCUUGUUACUAGUCAUGAAGGAUACCACUCCCAGCGAUGUCCCGCAGCUCACUACCCCCGACGUGAACACAGAUGAAACCGAUGCAGGUGCGGACGCGCUAGCAGAACAAACUGAAACCUUAACAAUAAUGGGCACAGCGGACAAAUUCAGCAUUGCCGGAAAAGGCGCUAUUGGGGGAAGGAUAGACUGGACGGAGGAACAAGAACGGCAACAAGCAGACAAGAACUCGGUAAUCUACUCGGAAUGCCAAAGCUUCGAGGAACUCAACCUGUCGGAAACCUUACUGAAAGGCGUGUAUGCUAUGGGAUUCAAAAAGCCUUCAAACAUCCAAGCUAAAGCCUUCCCCAUCAUUUUGAAAGAAAAUAAAGAUCUGCUGGCGCAGUCACAAUCAGGAACUGGGAAGACGGCGGCCUUCUCUCUGGGCAUGCUGGCUAAAAUAGAUCUUACACAGCAACACCCGCAGGCGCUCUGUGUAUCUCCUGCUCGCGAACUGGCUAAGCAAACCUUCGAUGUAUGUUCUGAGAUUGGUCGCUUCACAGACAUUGGCUUGCACCUUGCCGUAUCCGGACAGAAGCGCGACCGGAAUUUAGUGAUCAAGGAACAGAUUGUGAUUGGAACGCCUGGUUCGGUUAUUGACCUGUUGAAAUCAAAAAAGAUCAAUGGAGAUCACAUUAAGAUGUUAGUAUUCGACGAGGCCGACCAAAUGCUGGACGUCAGCAGCAUGCAGGCAGACUCCAUCCGUAUCAGAAAGCAACUAAAUCCGAAUCAUCAAACGUUAAUGUUUUCGGCCACGUUUACGCCCCGAGUAUUGGAAUUCGCAUCGAAAGUAUGCCCGGAAGCAGUCCAGAUUACGAUAGAAGUCAAGAAACAAGCCCUGGAUGCCAUCUCGCAAUUCGUCAUAGAGUGUCCCAAUCAGUACUCGAAAUACAAUGUGGUGACCGAUAUAUACGACUCGGUGCAAAUCGGACAACUCAUUAUAUUCGUGAAUAAGAAACAGACAGCGCAAGAGCUGUGUGACAAGUUGACGCAAGCCGGGCAUUCUGUAUGCUCUCUCUUUGGUGGGAAUGCGCAAGACAAGUAUAGCAUGGAAGCAGCCACCAGAGACAGGGAACUGGAUGACUUCAAAUCAGGCAGGAAGAAAGUGCUGGUGACAACUAAUGUGUUGUCGCGGGGCAUAGAUAUCGACCAGGUGAAUAUGGUGAUUAACUACGACUUGCCGAUCCGAUUCUCGGAACAAGGAAAACCAUUGGGCGUUGAUACGGAAGUAUACUUGCACAGGAUAGGUA